GAAGGGGGAGAGGGAGGGAGGAGGAGAGGACAGGAGACCAUGGUAGCUCCUAGGCCCCACUCUCCAGAGGCAAACUUGCCGGCAGCACCUGGAAGGAGGCUUGUGCCUCCAGUGUCCUCCUGCAGUCUGGGUGUCUGGGCACGUGGCCUGCGCGUGGCGCCAUUGUGGAGUGUCCCGCGACCACGCCCUGCGUGCCUUCCAAGCGCCCAGAGGCCAACGGUCCCCCAGCCAUGGGCGCUGCAGCUCCGGCCGAGUCCGCAGACCUCGGGAACUUCUGUAAGGCGGGAGAACCCCCGCUGCAAGGCCCCGACGCCCUGGCGGCUCCCAUGGGCAGGUCACCCAGCACGCCCCAGACCACGCGGUCUCCCCAGGGUCGCCACAGUCCCUGGCCCCCGAGGUCCCUGACUCAGAGCCGUAUUCAGUACGUCCAGUGGGGGCGCCCGGUGCCCAGCACCCACCUCACCGAGGUGCGGCCCAGCCAGGACCCCGCCAAGCCGCAGCGGGUGGUCUCCGAGGCCUGGAGGCGCCCUGCUCUGCCCGGGGACACCGCCCUGGGGCGAGACCUCUCCUGUGCCUGGGAGGGUUGCAUGAAACCGGGGCUGUGUCGUGCCCGCAACCCAGGACGGACCUGGAGCCCGGUGACCAUCGGGAUCGCGCCCCCUGAGCGUCAAGAGAGCCCCUGGGGAUCCCCAGGACAGCGAGCCCGCCCCGCAGGCCUCCCCGCCGCCCAGGAGCUCCCGGACCCCUGCACCCGAGAGACUCUGCUGGGGGCGCUCAGCCAGUGCCCCAAGGGAAGCGCUAGGUUCGACGGGCCGUUGUGGUUGGAGGUCUCAGACAGCAAGGGCGGCAGGCGGAACCUGCAGCCCCGGCCCUCUGCCUUCAAGCCCCUGAGCAAAAAUGGAGCGGUUGCUUCCUUCGUGCCCAGGCCAGGGCCUCUGAAGCCGAGCCUCGGCCCCUGGAGCCUCAGUUUUUGUGAUGAUGCUUGGCCUUUCGUGCUGGUCCAGCCCGCCCCGUCCGCCAUCUGGGACUUCUGGGCGGCGACAACGCCUUCCUGCGGCAGCUGCAGUAGGGUCGCCUUCGCUCUCGAGGUCACCCAGUCUGCUGGCCCCUUUGGCUCCUAAGAAUCUGGGCCCUGCUACCCACCUCCGGAGACUCAAGCCUACGUAUCUACUUUCACUUGCUCGUCCUUGCUGUACCUCAACGUGGAGCCCUGACACCACGUUAUCAAACAUGCAGCCCCCAUACCCCUAGUCUGCACACCCCCACAUCUUCCCUCUGUGCUCCCUGCCACCCCAGCAGCUGUUGAUUUCAGAACCCCUGCCUUCGCCCUGCUGGCCCUCUCCUUCCUGCCCUUCUUCCUGCCGUUCCUCUGAAAAGAGGCAUUUCGGGAAGGCUUGCUUUUUCUUCAUGUCUCCCAGUUUGUAUAGUUAAAUUGUCUAGUUUGUAUAGUUAAAUAUUUGAUCUUAUUAAAAACAUUUGUCUGCAGAAAACCUAUUUAUAAUAAUAACAAUCAAAAAAGCUUUUUAUGCCAAAAGAAAGGGGAAAGUGUGUUCCAGGCAGGGGCAAGGGCAAAGAUUCUGCAUGGGGAAUAAUUCCUAUUUAUUUGAAGUCCAAAUAUAAGUCCAGUAGAGUUGGAGACUAGUGAGAGAGAAGAUAUGAGGUUAGAGAAAUAGACUGUGAUGAAGUACUAUAAGGCGUUGGGACCAGAGUACAGGGUUUAUUCUAAAACCGUGAGUGUUAAGUGGAGUACAGGGUUUAUUCUAAAACCAUGAGUGUUAAGCAGAGGACAGUCUAUGAUCUGGUUGAUAUUUUUAAAAACAAGAUUCUGGCUACAGCAAUGGAAAUGGAAACCACAGGAGAUCAAUACAGUAUUUCAAGCAAUCCAUGGGGAUGGUUUGGUCUAAGAGGCAAAUGGUACAUCUGGAAGGAUACAGACAAGUUUGAGGUUGACCUAAAAGAUAGUGUGGGACCUGCUAGUGCCCUAGAUGUUAGCACUGGGAAAGGGGAAGGGUCCAACAGUUUUAGCAUAUGGGCUUAAGAAACUGGACGAUGAUAGUGUCAUUUAUUGGGAUGGGCACUACCAACAUGAGAAAAUAUUUGAAGAAAUCAAGAGUUUUGUUCAGGGUGUGUUCUCUACAACAACAAAAACACUUGCUAUGCUGCUGGUCCUGUUAACUGUGCUAUUGAAAAAAAUAAUCCUGGAACUCAUUGGAGAGUUUGAACUUGGCAAAAUAAGUUUGGGAGUCAUGAACAUAUAAAUUCCUUAUGACAUAGAAAUCGUCCUUAAAACCACAGGCUACAUGAGAUCACUUAUGCAGAAAAUACAGAGAAGGGCAAGGGUGAAGCCUAAGGUACGCCAACAUUUAGAACAUGAAAGAACGGAGAAUGGAAAAAGAACCCUCAAAACCAAGAACCUUGAGGGAGAAGGAAAUCCAGGAGCAGCAGGGACACUGAG